AAAGAAGGUACAUAAAAUCAAUACCUUCCAUAACUAGUCUGGAGACCUGCAAUCGGUAUCCAAGUUAUACAACUUUGCAGAUAACGAUCAUUUACAAUACCAGAAAUAUACCAUGAGGAGCGGUAUAAACUUCAGGCAAUGUCCAUUUCCAGAACAGUUGUCAAAUUGUCAUCUAAACGAAAUGAAGUCUUUUUUGGUCCCCUCCGCUGUGAUUGGGGUGGUCUUGGCCAUCGCUGUCUGCCGAACGCAGGCCUUGCGUUUACACGGCGAACCGUAUCCCGGCGUGGCUAAUGUCGAAAAGAAGGUGCUGCAUAGUAAAUUUGGUUCACGCAUUGUGGGCGGUGAAAUAGCUCCCGAGGCAUAUGCACCAUGGCAAGUGUCGUUGCAGAAUAUAUACGGUGGUCAUUUUUGUGGUGGCGCCAUCAUAGCCGAUCGAUAUGUCAUAACUGCCGCCAGUUGUGUGGCUGGUUUACAGAAAAACCAGAUUCAAGUUGUUACCAGCACCAACGAUUGGAUGGGCUUGGCUUGGAUGUAUGAGGUUAGCGAGAUUAUUGUCCAUUGCAAUUUCGACAAGCCCAUGUACCACAACGAUAUUGCCCUUCUCAAGUUGGCCACAUUGAUUGCCUACGAUGAGAAGACCCAAAAUAUAACAAUUGCCGAAUUGGAUGAACUGGAGGAUGGUGAAACGCUGACCAUGACUGGCUGGGGAUAUGAGGCUGUGGGUGAAUACUAUCCCAACGAUUUGAAGAAAUUGAGUGGAACCCUGAUCAGCAAUGAGGAGUGUAAACGUGUGUAUGCCCAAUAUGCCGAUGAUGUGGACGAAGGUCAUUUGUGUGUCAAGCAACCUGCCGGAAGUGGUGCUUGCCAUGGCGACACCGGAGGUCCUUUGCUUAACUCCAAGGGUCAAUUGGUCGGUGUUGGCAAUUGGGGUGUGCCUUGUGCUCAUGGUUUCCCCGACGUCUUUGCUAGACUGUCGUUCUACAACGAUUGGAUUCGCACCAGCAUAAAGGGUUGUGCCAACGUUCCAUAGGAUAUUAAUUAACAUGAGUAUAUGUGUAUGUCGAUUAAAGUUGGUUCUUAGAAAAUGUAGCUGUUGUUUGUAAUGAAGGGAAUUCUCUGUG